AUGGCAACCCACACAGAAUCAUACGCAACACUCCCAUCAGCACGACAAAGCAAAAUGAAAAUCGACGCCUUACUGAACCCAGGCGACGGAGACAUCUCGCCACGCUCCCAGCACGCCUCAAUCCCAUCCAACCGCCACAGCUACCACCAACCCUCACCAAGCUUCCCCCCCAAGCCCAAACUACUGAUGUUCUUCAGCUACCGGCCCUCCGACAACCGCGCCAGCACAAGCAGAACUCAAAGCUCGCUGUCCGCCCCUUCCUCGCCAGACCCUUACCACUCGCGCGAGCGCUACUCAAGCGUCUCAAGCUCCUCCUCCACUAACGGCGACCGUCGCCGUCCCCCGCGGCCAAAGUACGAAGAAGAGGAAAUGUACUUCAUCUGGUACCACCGCGUUGAUCUGUGUCAGGAGUGGAAGGAGGUCCGCGAGGCGUUCAAUCGCCAGUUCCCAAAUCGCCAGAGACGCGGUUUCCAGGGUAUCCAGUGCAAGUUUUACCGCUUCAUCAAGGAGAAGAAGUGUCCGACUCUGCGGGAGCAGAGGCGUAUGCGGGAUGGGGAGUUCUUGAGGGAGGGUGCUUCUGCUUCGGUGGGGGAUCAUGGCGGUGCGCCGAAGUUCGGUGUGAGGGAAUAUACUAAUGUUUGGUAUCCUUGGAUGAGGAAGGAUGGGGAUGUUGCGUUGCGACGGUGA